AUGUUGCUGUUUAAUAGGGAUUUAGAAUAUAGGUGUGGUUUAAGUAAAUCCCUAGAUAGUUUUGAUCCUAUUGAAGAUAGUUUUUAUCCUAUUGAAAAUAACGGUGUAAAUGAAGACCCAUCUAUUUUAACUGAUGACCCAUAUAUUUUAACUGAUGACCCAUCUAUUUUAACUGAUGACUCAUCUAUUUUAACUGAUGACCCAUCUAUUUUAACUGAUAUGGAUAAUGACAUUCAUAGUUGGAUUGAGAGUUAUCUUCGUUAUUUAGAUGAUAGUGACAACUACAAUGCCAAUAUCAGUGACUUGAAUAGUUACAUUUUAGAUGAUACAAAUGAUAGUGAUUUGUAUGAAAUAGAAAAUUCUAAUGAUACAAAUGAUAGUGAUUUUACUCCAAUAGAAUAUUCUAAUGAUACAAAUAAUAGUAAAUUUACUCCAAUACAAUAUCCUGAUGAUCCAAAAGAUACUUCUUAUACUGAAAAAUUUAAGCAUUUAUGGGUUGAAUGCGAAAGUUGCUUUGGAUUAAAUUAUAAGAAAUUUUUUAAAUCCAAAAUGAAUAUUUGCGAACACUGUGGAGAUCAUUUGAAAAUGAGCAGUUCAGAUAGAAUCGAACUUUCGAUUGAUCCAGGUACUUGGAAUCCUAUGGAUGAAGACAUGUUUUCUCUGGAUCCCAUUGAAUGGGACAAACCUUAUACGGAAGACGAACCUUCUACGGAAGACGAAUACGACUCUUCUACGGAAGACGAAUACGAAUCUUCUACGGAAGACAAACCUUCUAACGAACCUUCUACGGAAGACAAACCUUCUAACGAACCUUCGACGGAAGACAAACCUUCUAACGAACCUUCGACGGAAGACAAACCUUCUAACGAACCUUCGACGGAAGACAAACCUUAUACGGAAGACGAAUCUUCUCCGGAAGACGAAUCUUCUCCGGAAGACGAAUCUUCUCCGGAAGACGAAUCUUCUCCGGAAGACGAACCUUCUACGGAAGACGAAUACGACUCUUCUACGGAAGACGAACCUUAUAUAGAUCGUCUUGAUUUUUAUCAAGAAAGUACAGGAUUACUGGAGGCGGUUCAAACAGGCACAGGUCAACUAAAUGGUAUUCCUGUAGCAAUAGGUAUUAUGGAUUUUCAGUUUCUGGGGGGUAGUAUGGGAUCCGUAGUGGGUGAGAAAAUAACUCGGUUGAUCGAAUAUGCUACCAAUCAACUUUUACCUCUUAUUAUAGUAUGUGCGUCCGGAGGAGCGCGUAUGCAAGAAGGAAGUUUGAGCUUAAUGCAAAUGGCUAAAAUAUCUUCUGCUUUAUAUAAUUAUCAAAUCAAUCAAAAGUUACUCUAUGUAGCGAUACUUACAUCGCCUACUACUGGUGGGGUAACAGCUAGUUUUGGGAUGUUGGGGGAUAUCAUUAUUGCCGAACCAAAAGCUUACCUUGCAUUUGCGGGUAAAAGAGUAAUUGAACAAACGUUGAAUAAGGAAGUGCCUGAAGGUUCCCAAUCGGCUGAAGUUUUUUUCGAAAAAGGCUUAUUGGAUGCAAUCGUAUCACGUGAUUCUUUAAAGGACUUUUUAAGUGAGUUAUUUGAAUUCCAUGGUUGCUUUCCUUGGAUUGAAAAUGAAAACUAA